AUGAAAAGCAGCCCGACUCGUAAAUAUGAGAAUUUCUCAGACCAUCGAGGGAGAGAGAGCGAUAAGUACUCUCUAGACAGUCAGGAUACAGCAAGUUUGCAUUCGAGCCCUGAAGGUGGCGGGGGGAGGCGAGGUCUGAACGACGUGGGCCCUGGUGCUGGAGAUAUGUGGAUCAGCGCCGUCGAGAGUUCCAUACUCGGCUGGGAGGAGGUGGCGGAACGCCUGCAAGUGGACGUGAGGCGAGGUCUGACAUGGCGGGAGGCGAACGAUCGUAUGAACUUCGUGGGAGCCAACGAAUUCCAGGUCAAAGAGCAGGAACCGCUGUGGAAGAAGUACAUAGAGCAGUUCCAGAAUCCGCUGAUACUGCUGUUGUUGGGUUCCGCUGUGGUCAGCAUUUGUAUGAAGCAGUUCGACGAUGCAGUGUCGAUCACAGUGGCCAUAAUGAUUGUGGUAACGGUGGCGUUCGUUCAGGAGUACCGGUCGGAGAAGUCGCUUGAGGAGCUGAACAAGCUCGUACCACCUUCUUGUAACUGUCUCCGCGAAGGAAGCCUAGAACAUUUCCUAGCCAGAAAUUUAGUGCCCGGAGACAUUGUCCACCUGAACGUAGGAGAUAGAGUCCCAGCUGAUUUGCGACUGUACGAAUCUGCUGAUUUGGCUAUAGAUGAAUCCUCCUUCACUGGGGAAACAGAACCGGCUGUUAAAAGUGUCCUACCCAAUAAGGCGUCAGCUGGGAGGGUGAAUAAGGACAAUAUCGCGUUUAUGGGAACACUUGUGAGGUGUGGGAAUGCUAAGGGUAUUGUCGUCAGCACAGGUGAACGCUCCGAGUUCGGUGACAUAUUCCGAAUGAUGCAAGCGGAGGAAGCUCCGAAGACACCGCUCCAGCGGUCCAUGGACACCCUCGGGGCUCAGCUCUCGCUGUACAGCUUCUGCAUCAUCGGCUUCAUUAUGGUGGCCGGCUGGUUGCAGGGCAAGGCCAUACAGGAGAUGUUCACUAUUGGCGUCAGUUUGGCUGUUGCUGCUAUACCGGAAGGUCUUCCCAUUGUAGUGACUGUGACGUUAGCAUUAGGCGUUAUGAGGAUGGCCAAACGGAACGCGAUUGUUAAAAAGUUGCCUACAGUAGAGACUCUGGGCUGUGUCAACGUUAUAUGCAGUGAUAAGACGGGUACGCUAACAAAGAACGAGAUGACGGUCACUACACUAUCGACAUCCGGCGGCCAUAUUGCGGAAGUAACAGGAUCCGGAUAUAGUGCUAAGGGAGACGUGCAAUUGCGCGCGUACAAGGGCCGAGAUCUGGAUAUAGCUAGGAUGGGUGUUACUAGCAUGUUGGAGGUGGGUAUUCUAUGCAAUAAUGCGCACAUAAGGGACGACAUGUUGUACGGCCAGCCCACAGAGGGCGCUCUGCUCGCGUGCGCUAUGAAAAACAAUAUGGACGAUAUACGGGAACAGUAUACGAGGCUCAAUGAGAUUCCUUAUAGUUCGGAAACGAAAAUGAUGGUGGUAAAAUGCGCGCCGAAGUUCAACGACACGAAACACAAGGAGGAGGUGUUCGUUAAGGGCGCGAUCGAGAAGAUCCUGCCGCUGUGCACGCAGUACAUCGACAGCGCGGGGAACUACGCGCCCAUGACGCGGGAGAAGCAGGCAGACUUUCUCAACGAGGCCUAUAAUAUCGCUAGGAUGGGUCUGCGCAUAAUAGCCCUCUGCCGCGGCACCAGCCUCGAGUCGCUGACGUACACCGGCGUGUGCGGCGUGUGCGACCCGCCGCGCGACUCCGCGCGCACCGCCAUCGCCGCGCUCAAGCGGGCGCAGGUGCACGUCAAGAUGCUCACCGGCGACGCCAGGCCCACCGCGCUGGCUGUGGCACAAAUGGUCGGCUUGGACGUGUUGCAUUCGCAGUCGCUGUCCGGGGAACAACUAGACUCUAUGUCUGAUGACGAGCUCGAUGGAAUUAUUGAUACCGUAAGCGUGUUCUACCGUGUGACGCCGAAACACAAGUUGUCGAUUGUGAAAUCGUUGCAGAGGCUCGGAAAUAUCGUUGGAAUGACAGGUGACGGCGUAAACGACGGCGUGGCGCUGAAGCGGGCGGACAUCGGCAUCGCGAUGGGCCGCAACGGGACCGACGUGUGCAAGGAGGCCGCCGACAUGAUACUCGUUGAUGACGACUUCGCCACUAUCAUCUCGGCAAUCGAAGAGGGCAAGUGCAUUUUCUACAACAUACGCAACUUCGUCCGUUUCCAACUGUCGACUUCCAUAGCGGCGCUGUCGCUUAUCGCUCUCGCCACUCUCAUGGGCAUACCCAACCCGCUGAACGCCAUGCAAAUACUGUGGAUCAACAUCAUCAUGGACGGGCCGCCGGCGCAGUCGCUGGGCGUGGAGCCGGUGGACCACGAGGUGCUGCGCCGCAAGCCGCGCGACACCUCGCGCCGCAUCAUCUCGCGCGGCGUGCUGCUCUCCGUGCUGCUCUCCGCCGCGAUCAUCAUCGCCGGCACGCUCUGGGUGUUCAACCGGGAGAUGUCGGACAACAAGAUAACGCCCCGCGACACGACGAUGACGUUCACGUGCUUCGUGCUGUUCGACAUGUUCAACGCGCUGUCGUGCCGCUCGCAGACCAAGUCCAUAUUCCAAGUGGGCCUGUUCUCCAACAAAAUGUUCUUGAUCGCCGUAUCGUUAAGUUUGGUGGGGCAAAUGUUGGUGAUAUAUUUCCCGCCAUUGCAAAGGGUGUUUCAAACGGAAGCGCUCACUGGACAUGAUCUCAUAUUCCUAGUCUGCUUGACCUCAAGCGUUUUCAUCGUUAGCGAAAUUAAGAAGGUCAUCGAGCGCAUGCUGAAAAAGCGGGCCUUCCCAAAGUUCUCGACGAAGGCACACGAUGCGAUGGACUUUGUAUGACAGCAGCCCGAGACGAAAGCGGAGUAGGCGUGUCUGACACGUGUCAGUGUGACGUGCGCCGCGGUGACGGCUGUCAGCCUGACAGCCGCUACGGCGGCGGCGGUGCGUGCGAUGUUGACGCGUGCCAGACUGACGGCUGUCAGACUGACACGUGUCAGGGAGACGCGCGUGUGGCCACAUGUCGCGCUGACGCUCCGAGGGGCUGUGUUGUACUUGAUCUGAGGGAUGUUAACAUCGGCGAUACGCGUCAGAGUGUUAGAUUGUGCAAGCAUUUUCCAUUCCGCGGCUCGGCAGAUUCCCAUGGGCGUAGGACGAGUGACGUUGAUGACAGUUGUCAUAUGACUCCCGCAGAUAAAAAGCUGUUGAGCCCGUUAUAUGAUAACUGUCAUGCGAAUGUGACAGAUAGAAGUAUGACGAGUGACUUGACCUUUAACAAUUGUCAUAUGAACGUGACGGAUGAUCGGGUGGUAGACGUAUUAUAUGACGAAUUUCAGGGUAAUGUGUCGAAUAAACAGAGAGGGAAUGCGUCGUAUGACAAUUGUCAUACAGUUUCAAAAAAUCGGGUGACGAGAAACUGUCACGCGGGCGUGACAGAGGGUCAAACGGCGAGAGACUUUUCAUAUGACAAAUGUACUGACUUGACAAGUAUACGAGUGACAGGUGACGCGUCACACGCAAGGCGACGGGCGGUGGGUGACGCGUGUCUUUUUAAUGACAAUUGUCAGUGCGACGGUGAGACGGACCAAAUGCCAUUCGCUAUAUACGAUGGUAAAAUCAAUAUCCCCUGCGGUUUUAAUUUUUAGGCUUAUUUUUUGUUUAAUUAAAGGGUUUGUAUGGUGUUUUGUAAUAU